UUCUACAUAAAUUGAAGGGUUGUUCGAAGGGUGAAAAGUUGGCCGACUUGAUUGACGGUCAGCGCUACUAGUGGUUUAUUUUUGUAAGUUAAAGUACGAGAAAAGCGCAAGCGCUUAUACGCGAUUCGUGACGCCGUGUCCUGUUGAGAGAACCGCGCUUAGCGGCGAUCCGUGUUUAAUUUAUUCUUUUAAGUGCAGAUUAUUAGUAAAUAAACAUCAAUAAUGACGACUGCACCCCACAGUAAGAAGCGUGUCUGCUAUUACUACGACAGUGAUAUAGGAAACUAUUACUAUGGACAAGGACAUCCGAUGAAACCACACCGCAUAAGGAUGACGCAUAAUUUAUUAUUGAAUUAUGGUUUAUACAGAAAAAUGGAAAUCUAUCGACCACACAAAGCCACCGCGGAUGAGAUGACUAAGUUUCACAGCGAUGAAUAUAUCAGGUUCCUGAGAUCCAUCAGGCCAGAUAAUAUGUCGGAAUACAACAAACAAAUGCAGCGCUUCAACGUUGGAGAAGAUUGUCCAGUAUUUGAUGGUUUAUACGAAUUCUGUCAAUUGUCGGCUGGCGGAUCAGUCGCUGCAGCUGUUAAGUUGAACAAACAGGCGUCGGAAAUUUGUAUAAAUUGGGGCGGUGGCUUACAUCAUGCAAAGAAAAGUGAGGCAUCCGGUUUUUGUUACGUGAACGACAUAGUCCUUGGAAUUUUGGAAUUACUUAAAUAUCAUCAGCGAGUAUUGUACAUCGAUAUCGACGUCCAUCAUGGAGACGGUGUUGAAGAAGCAUUUUAUACAACUGACAGGGUAAUGACCGUCUCCUUCCAUAAAUACGGUGAAUAUUUCCCAGGAACUGGAGACUUGCGAGACAUCGGCGCAGGAAAGGGAAAAUAUUACGCGGUUAAUAUACCUUUACGAGAUGGGAUGGACGAUGAAAGUUACGAAUCAAUUUUUGUACCAAUAAUCUCAAAAGUCAUGGAAACAUUCCAACCCUCUGCAGUAGUUUUACAAUGUGGUGCCGACUCGUUGACAGGUGACCGACUUGGCUGUUUUAACUUGACUGUCAGAGGUCAUGGUAAAUGUGUAGAAUUUGUUAAAAAAUAUAACCUCCCAUUCCUGAUGGUUGGAGGUGGAGGAUAUACGAUUCGUAACGUAUCCAGAUGUUGGACAUAUGAAACUUCUGUUGCUCUGGGUUCGGAAAUAGCUAACGAACUACCAUACAAUGAUUACUUUGAAUAUUUUGGUCCAGACUUCAAGCUCCACAUAAGUCCUUCAAAUAUGGCUAAUCAGAAUACUCCUGAAUACCUCGAAAAAAUCAAAACCAGGUUAUUUGAGAAUUUGCGGAUGCUACCGCACGCACCAGGUGUUCAAGUACAAGCCAUUCCGGAGGACGGUGCCAUAGUUGAAGACUCCGAGACAGAGGAGAAAGUAAAUCCAGAUGAAAGAUUACCGCAAAGAGAUUUAGACAAACGAAUACAGCAUGAAAAUGAGUACAGCGACAGUGAAGACGAAGGUGAAGGUGGAAGGAGGGACAACAGAUCAUUUAAAGGUUCCAGGAAGAGGCCACGUCUCGAAAAAGGUCAAGAAGGUGGAGACGGUGAUUUGAAGAAAGAAGAUGACAUAAAGUCUGAGAUUAAAGAAAACGAAAAGGACGAUAAAGCCAAUGUAACGAGUGAAGAAGCAAAAAAAGAUGGAAGUGUGAAUCCCUGAUAAAAAAAUAAAAAAAUAAAAAAUAAUAAAAUAACAAUAAAUAAAAUAAAAUAAAUAAUUGAUUCCUUCCUGUGAAAACUUCAAGAUGAUAAAGAUCUAUUCAAUCCUAAGUCUUAAUUGGUAGUUUAGGAAUCAUCCGAAAUAAACACAAACAAAUAGAUAAAUUAAAACAGAACAACGACAAAAAAAAGAAGAAUUGAAAUUAACAAUUAUG